GAUCUGCGUUGUUAUUUAAGGGGGGCCCACGAACGUGGAAUUUCUUCCUUGAGGGGACAUCAAUAAUAUCACCAAUGUAUAUCAAAUGAUCUGCUUUAACAGACACAGCCAUUAACAAUAUAUGCAACGGUUCAGAACGGUUAGCCCAGACCUAAGGCUCAAAUGUGUAUUUGAAGAAUGUCUUGAUGUGUAUUUUGGUCCUUUCGAUGUUGAUAGAAAAAUCAACCUUACGUUUAUAACCUUAAGUGAUGCACUGCAUGUACCACUAACUAAGAAAAGAGGAUGUGUCUAACCAUACACAGUGACUCUGUAAGCACAUAUAGCAAGUAGCCUCUGGUUAAAAUACUUCCUGUUUGAUUAAAGUAGCCGUUAAGACUGACGAGCUGGCAUUCAAAACGCACAGAAAAACCAAACACUCAAAGGGGUAGGACGAUAAGAAACUCUGAAAACAGUUUGGACCAGAAUAUGGCUGAGGUGAUUUACACCACGCCCAACAUGGCCAGGAACACACAAGGAGAGAGAGAGGAGAGGAUAGUGGAGAUCUACGCUACCAGUGAGAGCCUCAGAGAUCAACACCAGGACUAUGUGGGGACAGAGGAGUCCUCCAAUACUCUGGGAGCAGUAAGAGGUCAGCAGCCGGACCCUGUGAGCCCUCCUCGGUGGCCGAUCAGGGCUGUGGUGGUGCUUCUGGUCCUGCUGUCUGUUGCCCUGCUGGCUGGACUGCUUGGGUUGGCAGUGAAACACAAGAUAGUCAUGGACAGGCUGAAGAAUGUGACAGAGCAGAGAGACUCACUGCUUAUUAAACAUGACUGUGCACGUGGUUGGGAUAAGUUUGGUCGUAAAUGUUACCUGCUUUCCGGAUGGCGGAGAUCCUGGAAUGAGAGCAGGGAGUUAUGUGUUUCCCACGGAGCAGAUCUGGUGGCCGUGGACAGUGAAGAGGAGAUGGACUUCAUUAUCAGGUACGGCGGGACCAUCUGGCUCGGAGCGACAGAUGAGGCCAGUGAAGGGAUGUGGAGAUGGGUUGAUGGGACCGUCCUGUCAGUGGAUAACCCCUCCUGGAGAAGAGGGAAACCUGAUGGUGGCAAGAACAAGAACUGCUUAAGGAGGGACUGGGGGCAUCCCAACAUUAAAUGGACAGAUGAGAGCUGUGAAGACAACAGAUAUGGGCUUUGUGAAUAUAAUUUAAUGACAUGAUGGAUGAAAACAUUUCUUUGUCUGACUGAUGUGUUUCUUUGACUAUUUUUUUUAUCUUAAUGCCAACUAACAUUCGUUGUUUUGUUUCAUACUUGUUGAGUUCUGCCAUUCGAUCAGAGCUGUGAUUGGCUGCAAGGUUUUUUAUCUCCUUAAAAGGAGAUGACAUGAAGACUUCCCUGGUCACUGCAGGAGCUGUACAUGGAUGCUGCUCUGUUACUUUAUUUCUUUCAAUGUUUCCAGUUGCUCUCAGUGUUGGAGGCUGAGGUUAGGCGGUAAAGAGUCAUGACAGUCAUUGCCUGGUUUUCAGUUGCUACAAACAACAACAAUAGGUUUCCGUAGGUGAACCUGCGGAAGGAUCAUUAACGUUUUGCGUGGAGCCGUACCCCACACGGUCGCCCAACGAAAUCAACCCCCUUACCCGAGGGUCGAGAAAACAGUUCUCUAUUUAGGGCUGCAUUUGCUGGCUUUGCCCCCUCAGCUUAUUUGAUCAUUUUUCGAUUGAAAUGUAUCUCGACUUUGUCACCAUACAGUGAUCACUAUAAAACACUUGUAUAAAUUGUCUGUUGGUUCUACGGUGUUCAGAGUAACAGUAGACUUGCGUCUUGGUGUCUGAAUGGGCUUGUAGGUCUGCACUUAGUUUUGCGUUACUGGAUGAACACUUUUGAAGGUACAUAUGCAUACAUGCAUUCUCACACAUGUAGUCAUUUGUAAAUUGCAUACGUACAUUUUGUGUCCAUUCAGCUGUGUUUGCUGUAGUGAAUUGUACCUUUUAUUAAAGCAGCUCUUGAUUAAUA